AUUUUAUAAGAAUGGGCAUGAAUAUAGAAAUUAAAGUGUUUUUUUAUUAAGUCCAGAGAUGUUUUAUAAGAGGGGGUUUAAUUUUUUUUUAUAAGAAAAAAGCCGUCAGAAAUUUACCCUGUAGAAUUACGUAGUCUCUUUGAAGCUUGCCUUUCCUCUUCUGAAGUAUUCAUUUCUGUUGAUCUUCUUUUACUGCGAGGCAUUUCAGCUUUAUUUUACUUAAUAAAGUAUUUACACUACACCAAACACUUAUCUGACAAUUCACGGCGCAGUUAUAGGUUAGGUUAUAGUAGCAUGUGAAGAUACCGCAAACUAUCUUUAAUAGAAUAAAUCCGAAAGGGCGUAGAACUUAAUGAUUUUAGGCUUAAAAAAUAUCUUUGUAGAUAUUUUUUACUAAGUGUUCAAAAUAAUUCAUUAGGUUUACUAGAAGUCACCACUUUCAACUCACUUUAAACUUUCUCACGUAUAUAUAUAUAAUUUCUAUAUGAAAUUCAGUUUUUUAAAUUAAAAAAAGUCCAAUUAAAAGAAGUUUUUUGUUCAUUAUUUUUAAAACUUAAAUGUAACGACUCGAUCAUAUUUGAGCAUCAGCUGUUGUCGACAUAAUUUUAUUUUAACCUUCAAUUUAGGGAGUUUUAAGGCCAGUAGGUUGUAUAUACGAAUAGUAAAGAUUUAUAUUUUUGUCUUUUGUUUUGUACAUUACUUUUUUGAAAUAUUUAAUGGUAUAUUUACAAAAGAGCUACUUAGUGAAACAUAGCGAACAUAAACAAAAAUUAUAUUAUUUAUGUUAUUAAUUAAAGUAAGAGGUUUAUUUAAAAUAUUAUUGCCUUGUACGUAAGAGUGAGAGAGAAGUAGGACAACCUUCAUAGAAACAAAUGUUGGUAAUAUUGAUAUAAAUAAUACAUAUAUGUAACAAAUUUUUCACCUUGGUUAAUGAGAUACUUUUAUAAUUAAUUGGUCUAAAUUCAUUGUUGUGGUAUUAAAAUUUAGAUUUGCUUGUUUUUGAUGAUUUCUAUUGCCCUAAAACAUUUCUAAUUAGUGCUCAAUUUUACUUAUAUCUCAAAGGUUAUGUGUAAUGUGUUUGUUUACAAGAUCCAUAUAUUAGUAUUUAGUCAUAAUUAAGAGUUUUGUGAUUUGGAAAUUGAUAAAAUAGUUUCAGGAUGGCAACAAAUCUAAAAGAAGUUCAAAGGAAACAGCUUGUGAACCAUUUGAAAGAAUUGUUUGGAAGUCUAUUAGAUUUAGAAAUUAUUGAAUCUGUAGCUCUAAACUGCGAUUAUGACGAAGUAUCCGCGACAAAUAUGCUUAUUGAGCUUUCUAGUAAUGUAGAUGGAUUUGUGAGCCCAAAAAAUAAAAAUAAAUCGAAAAAUACCCCUAGGUUUUCAAAAUUGGUUCCUUCACCAGUUAACUAUUCUGUCACAUAUGCGAAUGCUUCAUCUUCAGUAGCAGUACCGCAUUCCAGAAAAGAUAAAGAAUUAGAACGUAUAAUUUUUACUAUACAGAGAGGAUAUAAGGUUCUUGUUUUAAUGAGAGGCCUUCCUGGGAGUGGCAAAAGUACAUUAGCUAGAUACAUUGUGGAACGUUCUGUUAAUCCUCCUUAUUUUCAAAAUUACGAACAAUUUAUAAAAUCUACUGAUGAUUAUUUUACCAAAAACGGUAUCUAUAACCACAAUCCUUCUCAAUUACCCGAAGCUCAUAGCUGGAAUCAAAAUCGAACUUACCAAGCCAUGAUCAGCGGCAUAAGUCCCAUAAUAAUUGAUAAUACAAAUGUACAAAUGUGGGAAAUGAAAUCUUAUGCGAUCAUGGCUGUCCAGAAUGGGUAUUAUAUUGAAAUAGUAGAGCCCAAAACCCAAUGGGCAUUCAAUGAAAAAGAAUUACUUCGUCGUAACCUGCACGGAGUGCCAAGAAAAGUUAUCAACGAUAUGUUGACUCGUUACGAAAAAAACAUAACAACGAAGAAGUUGAUGGCCAUGUAUAAUUUACGUUAUUUUGUUCCGAUGCCACAAAUGAGAAUCUAUCCUCCUAUUGUUCCACUAAAUAAUUUUGAACAAACGAACCAACCUGAAGCAGGAAACACUACUGCUUCUCAACAAAAAAAUAUUUUUGCUUCGCGUUCUGGAAAUUCUUUGGAAAUGGUCGAUUUGACCGUUUCAAGUAACGCGAAUGCUUUAGUUGACUUGACAAAAGAUGCAGAAGAAGGUCAAACGGUAAACGAAAGUAACGAGUCUACAUCUCAAAAUAAUGAGAAUGUUAUAGACUUAAUGAAUUUUGACAACGAAGCAUCAUCGACAUCUGUCUCAUCCGAGAGCCCUAAAAAUUCGUCGUUUAUUAACGAAAUCUUUGAUGUUUCUAACGAAAAGAGCGUUGAAAUGUUAGACCCUCUUAUAAAAUUCAAUGUCCCAGAAAAUAAUAAAAUUGUUAACGAUGAUAUCUUGGCAGAACCAAGUACUUCUAAAAAUCAAGAAAAAUCACAUGCACUUUUAGAAUCUGUCGCUUUAUCAACCGAAAACGUUUGUUCUCAUUCUGAUACAGUUAUACCACUUGCAAAUUCUUCUUCUGAACCUGAUAUGAAAAAGCUAAAGACAAGUUCACAAAUGGAAGGUGAGGUAGACGUUGAACAUUUGCAAACUAAAUUAAGGAAGGAAGAAUUUAAAAAACCCAUAAAUAUAUAUCCAAAAUUAGACCUUUCUUCUUGGGGUUUAUCAGAAACGACUAGAUACUCCUGGGAACCCUUGGAAAGCCCACCAAUAAUCUUAAAUAACAAAGAGACCAGAAACGUUGAAGUUGAAACGGCAAAUUCUUCGACUAAUACUUAUGACGAUGAUUUCAAACUUUUACUUCCAAAUUCAAAAGUGAGUGACCCAGGCAUAAUAUUUUUGACCUGUGUUAACAGAGAUAUAAUAGCAAAUAACUUUGUAUUCUUGGAAAAUCCAAAACCACCUCUAAAGGUCAUGCUCGAUAAAAGUUCGAUGACUGAUGACCACUUUAUUUCAGUCAGUUCUGAAAAUGAAAUUGAAACAGUGACUAAGCACAUGCAGCAAUUGGUGAAUUUGUUUCCUGACAUAUCCUUGGAUCUUCUUAAAGAUGUGUACGAAAAAUGUAACAAGGAUGUAGAAUGGACUAUAGAUUUAUUAUUAGAGGGGAACUUGGAAGUUUUGCAAAUUGAAAACAAGGUCGACGAACAACCGUCUAGUAGUCUCAUUGGAGAAACUGAAAUUAACAAUACCAUCGAAGAAAUCAGCAGUUCUACUAAAAAGAUCACUUUGGAGCAGAAUCAACCAAAUCCUGUUGAAUCCAAAAAUGAAGAUCCUAGCCUUUCAAAUAAGAUUUUGUCGACAGGAAAAGACUUGGUGAAAUUUCUGGAAAAACAAUUUAUAUUCGGCAAUCAACACUAUUCUGAUCACAUUCUCAAAGUGAAGAGUCGUAUGAAUGGGUCGUUUGAAGAAUUAAACGUUUCAAAGGAACCAAUAAUAACGAAGGAAUCGAAAGAAGAGGCCAUGGAAACUAUUAAUUUACCUUCAACAUCAAUUCCUGUUAGUCAAAACUCAAAAAUACAACCAUCCACGUCGUCAGCAGUAGAAAUUUGUCACUCCAACUGUGGGGACAUAUUUGCAUUAGACACAGAAAAAGAUUUUGAUGAUCUAGAAAAUUCUCAAACUUAUGCAAACAGCGAAGAAAUGAUGGAAUUAAAUUUAGGGGAUGUAUUGGUGUCACAAUUAGAAAGCACCUUUGGGAAUUUCGAAUUGUAUCCCAAAGGAUUUCAACCAGUCGUUCAAAUGCCUGUUAGUUUGGCAAGGCAACUGUUUGCGUUUUAUUUGGAAUCGGUUUAUUCACAAAUGGAAGCCCAAAACCAAGUUUUAGAACAACUGGUAAAGGAAGACGAAGAAUUUGCGAAAACUUUACAAGAAAACGAAGAAAGGGAAAUGAAAGCGCAAGAAAUCCUACGAAAAAAUCAGGCUCCAAAUCUAAAAGAUAUAAUGGCGCGAGAAAAAGAAAGAAACAAAUAUAUUAAAGAAAUUGAACAGUGGAAAAAAUUAACUCCAGACGAUCUAGCUGCCAAAUUAACACGAAAGAAAUUGUUUGACUCAUUCCCCACUAUAGAUCAAGAUCUUCUGGUGGAAAUAUUGCACGCACAUAACAACAGUUAUCAGCAAACUGUGGAAGUUUUACUAAAUUCAACUAAGGUAGAAGACAUCAGUGAUCCCUACGGAACAAUAUUACAACCUCCAAUUUCCUCGACAAUUCUGGAAGAAAUGAAAGAGGCUCAGCAAGAAAAUACAGAGAACGAUGAAAAGGAAAAUAAAUCUGCGAAUGAAUUACGCGAAGAAGCGAGAAAGCAUUUGGCCAAAAGACACGAGUUAUAUUUAAAGGCGCAAAAACACUUUCAAAAGGGAGAGGGUCUUAUAGCCAGUUAUUACAGCAGUUUGGCCGAAGAAAGGGGAUUGCUAUAUGAAAAGGCCAACACAUUGGCAGCUCACAUGUUACUAAACGACAAUUCACAGAAAAAGGACUUUCACACCCUCGAUUUACAUUAUCUUUAUGUAAAAGAAGCAAUCAGUGCUUUGGACAUAUUUAUGGACAGGAAUAUUAUGUUGGUUAGUGGCAACAACAAUAAGAAUCAGGAAUUAUUUAUUAUUACAGGAAGGGGAAAGGGUAGCAAAGAUGGGAAGAGUAAACUAAAACCAGCCGUGAUUUCCCGAUUAAGAAAACGAAAGUUGAAUUAUUGCAUCAUGAAUCCUGGCUUACUGAAAGUAUACGUCAAUAAAAACUCCCUUAUGUCAAAUGAUGUUGGAAAACGAGAAAUAUAAUAAAUAUUAAGUGUCAUGGAACAAUUAAUCUAUCUGUCUAUCUGUAAAUCCCAUCCCCACAACCUACAGUAAAAAAAAUAAUAAAAACAAAAAAAGUUAUUAAAUGUAAUAGUGUUGGGAUCGAUGUAACUGGUAAAAUAAUUUUUAGUUAUCUUUAAUACAAGUACAAAUACGUAUAUUAGUUGAUAAGAUUUAUUUUUGGGACAAGUAUACUACGGUCUAAUGAUCAUAAAUAUUGCCAUACAAAA